AUGCGCGUCGCCCUCGCCGCCCUUCUCGCCGCGUCCGCGGCGGGCGUGCCCGACGCUGAGUACCUGCGCGCCGUCGCGGCCGACUUCGACGGCCGCGCGGCGGACGGGUUCCCGCCGCGGCCGCCGGGCGCCGCGCUCCUGCUGGCCCUGGGCCUCGCGGCGCUCCUCGUCGUCCGCGACGUCCGCCGGGCCGCGGGCCGGCGCGCCGCCGGCGCCGGCGACCUGCUGGCGCCCGCGCUGCUCGCCGCGCUCGCCGCCGCGGCCGCGGGGCCCGCCGCCGCCGCGGCCGCCGCCGCGUUCGCGGCCGCCGCCGCCGCGGCCGCCGCCGCCGCGCCGCCGCCGGCCGAGGCGCCGGACCUCGAGCGCGGCGCCGACGCGCCGCCGGCGGCCAAGACGCCCGGGGCCGCCGGCGCCGCGCGCCGCGCGGGCGCCGCGCGCCUCGUCGACGCCGCGUCUGGCGCGAGCGCCGCGCGCCUCGCGACCGCGGCGGCGGCGACGAACACGGCCGUCGCGACGACCGCCGCGGCGACGAACACGGCCGCCGCGCGCCUCGUCGACGCCGC